AGCAGCGCGCGCGGGAACCUUUGGACCCCAGCAGGGACACACCGAGCUCAGGGGAGCAGCGCCGGGGUGGACGGACAGCCAGGAUCCAUCCCGCCUCCCCGCCAGGAGCUGGCACUAUGAAUGCUUAGGGGGGAUCGCCAGGCGAGCAGCGGGGGGGCACAAUAGAUCAUGCCUCCCCCAUCCCCAGCUUCUCCCGCCGCCCGAGGCCGCGCCCUCCGGUGCCCAUGGCCUGCUCGGUCCCAUCGCUCCCUGGGGCCUUCGACAUCCUCCGGGCUGCGGGUCAGGACAAGCUCUUGUUCCUGAAGCACAAAUUGAAGAUCCUGCGGCCCAGCUGUCGGGGGGCUGACCUCCUGCACGCCAUGGUGCUCCUGCAGCUGGGUCAGGAGACAGAGGCCAGGCUCUCCCUGGACGCCCUCAAGGACGAUGUGGUGGCCCGGCUAGUGGCCCGUCGCUGGGCUGGCGUGGAGGUGGACGCUGUGAAGGCUGGGGAUGAGCAGCAGGAGGAGGAGGAAGAGCUGCUGGCGGAUGUGUCCUGGACAGUGGCCCGUCUGUACCACCUGCUGGCUGCGGAGAAGCUGUGUCCCAGCUCCACGCGGGAUGUGGCGUACCAGGCUGCUCUUCAGAUUCUGGCCUCCAGGGACGAUCCCCGGCUGGGGCAGCUCCGAGAAGAAGCCAGGCACCAGUGUGGGUGGGACAUGCUUGAGGACCCUGGUAGCUUUGCUCCCCUGCGUUCCGAUCGUAGCUGCUUCCCUCCCAGCUCCCGGAGUCUACCAUGCCCCGUCCAGAACCCAUCCGGCUGGAGUCGAGGCUGCUCCCUGCGUUCCACGGGCACUCCCGGCUGCGCUGGUACCCCCAGCUCCUUGGGCAGCCACUUGGAAAUCAGCCGGUCACCCACCGUGCACCUGUCCAGCCUGCGGCGUGGGCCCCGUGGGCCGCCUGGCAGCCUGGGUGCCGAGCCCCUGGCUGAUCAGGCACCACCCGUGGGCCGCCAGGAGCCGGAGGAGAUGAGCUGGCCACCCUCGGUGGAGCCCGCCAACCCCCAGGAGGGACCACAGGGUCGGGAUGUGGGUCUCUCUGAGCCGUCCCUGGAGCCGGCCUCGAACACCUCCCCGGCUCCGGAAGCUAGCACCAGUUACCCUGUAGAAUGCACCGAGGUCUCACCUGCAACUCCAUGCUCCAUCCCGUUGCAAAGCCUGGAGCCCCCCCAAAUUAUCAGCUCCCCCAGAGAACAGGAGGGGCCGCUCCAGGAGCCUGUGGGACAUUCCAAGUCCCAGGACACUGAGCCAUGCCCAGCUGCUUCCUGUAACCCCGAAACAUCCUUCCCUCCUCCCUCCUCCUCCUCCUCCUCCUCCUCCACCUCCUCCUCCUCCUCCUCCUCUUCCACAACCACGCCCCCUUCUCCAGCCCCACGUAAACCAGAGCAGAAAUUCUACAGCUUCGUGGUGCUGCACGCCAAAGCCGACGAAGACAUCGCCGUGCGCGUCCGGGACAAGCUGGAGUCCCUGGGCGUGCCCGACGGUGCCACCUUCUGUGAGAAUUUUCAAGUGCCCGGGCACGGUGAGCUGAGCUGCGUGCAGAACGCCAUCGACCACUCUGCCUUCGUCAUUUUCCUCCUGACCCCAAACUUCGACUGCCAGCAGGGCCUGCACCAGGUGGGCCAGGCCCUCAUGAACUCCUUCACACGACGAGGCUGGGAGAACUGUGUCAUUCCCUUCCUGCCCCAGGGCAUCUCCCAGGCCCAGCUGGCCCCUCACACGGUCAGCAUACUGUCCAGUGUGGUGUGGCUAAGGGAGGACUCCAAGAUCUUCGCCAAGAUUGUGGCCAACACCUUCAGCACCAAGACGCUCCAGGAGCGUAAGGAUCUGUGGAGAAGAGACCAAGACUCCCGGGCCUUGCAGGAGCAGAACCAGCAGCUGGAGGCCCAGCGGCAGAGCGUGGCCGCCAUGACCAGCAGCUACUCCGCCUACAUCCAGAAUUACAUGUCCUUGCAGGCACAAAUAGAAAAGCUGCAUGCCGCUUUUGCAAGUCACAUGUCCUUGGGCGCGGGUGCACCUGCCGGCGGGGCUCAGGGACCCAUGGGACCCCUGCCUCCCUUCCCCACGUGGCCUGCUGCCUUCUCUCCACUUGUGCAGCCACCACCACCACCUCCACCCCUGCUGCCCCAGUACCUGGGGCAGGUGGGCUUCCCGCCGCCCCCCACCCCGGCGCCACCGGCACCCCCUCCUCCAAGCCUCGGGCUGCAACCACUCAUCAUCCACCACGCUCAGAUGGUCCAGCUGGGAAUGAACAAUCACAUGUGGGGCCAGCGAGAAGCCCAGGGACCCGAGGACACGACGACGCAGCAGAUGGAGUGACCGGACAGCAGUGGCCGCCCCCUGGACCUCGGGCCCGGGGCCUUGGAUUUGCCCUGUCUGGUGGGCAGUGGAGGAUCGGGGCUUGGAGCUAGGGACCUGUGCUCCCACAGGGACACUGCCUAGGCAAUGGAUUGUUCUGGAGAUGGAACACACUGGACUCCCGGGGCCAGAGUCCUGGAGUGAUGGCCUUUGGAAGGAUAAUAAAUAUUUAUUAUGUAA